GGCGAGGGAGGGCACGAAAGACGCGCGAGAGGAAACCGACCGUAGGGGGACAAGAGCGCUCCGAUCUCAACGAGCACAAUUAGAGAAGUGUUGUUGAACGUGGGCUCUGCGCGCAGCGAGGGGGGAGCGCAGAGUACAGAGGAGGUGAAAGCUUGUAGAGCUUCAGAUUCACAGCCUCCUUCUUGAAGAGUCACUACACUGACAGAGGAAAGGAGUGAGAAGAGAGGAACUCCUAGAAAACAGCAACUCUUGGAGAUAACUACGUGAGUACAGAAUACAGUUUUCAAAACAAGAGUUAGGAUAGAGAAACACGCGAAAGAGUAGACUUUUCCUGGUGAGAAACUGCUCUGGAAGAGAAAAUGAAUGUCAGCGAAGAGAACCUGCUCAAGUCCAUCAGCAACGACGCGCUCCUCGACCUGACGCAGCGCUACGGCCAAUCAGCCUUUGGGUUCGGCCCCGGCACAAUUGCAGGGAGUCCCGGCCGGUUCCCCCUCACACCGGCCACUGACUUCCUCUCCGGCCAGACCGCGAAGUCCAACGAGAGCGGCGGAGAGCACACUAGCGACGACGAGGACGGUUUCGACUCGCUUGAGUCACGGAAGAGAGGCUCGCCAUUUGGGGACGAUAAGCCCGGGGGGCCCCUCGGCAAAAAGUCCAAAGAGCAGCGGUCCCUGCGGCUCAGCAUCAACGCCCGGGAGAGGAGGAGGAUGCAUGACCUGAACGACGCAUUGGAUGGCCUGCGCGCUGUCAUCCCCUACGCCCACAGCCCCUCGGUGAGAAAACUCUCCAAAAUAGCCACUCUCCUCCUGGCCAAGAACUAUAUCCUGAUGCAGGCUCAGGCUCUGGAGGAGAUGAGGCGGCUGGUUGCGUACCUGAACCAGGGACAGACCAUAACGUCACCUAUCCCCACCGCCCUGGCGCCCUUCGGUCAGGGUGCUGCUGUCUACCCAUUCUCGGGCUCUGCUCUUGCCACCCAUGCCGAAAAGUGCACCACGUAUUCCGGGACUCCGUCGAGUCUCUUCAAACAUUGCAACGACAAGCCUUGAUCUGCUUUAAUUCUCUUUCCUGAACUUUUACCUUUACUGCACCCAUGUCGGUUUUUCUCCCACUCUAUUUUUUUUUUUUUUUUUUGUAUUCUGUGGAAAGUUAAACAAGUUUAGUCUAAUGCAUAAUCUUGAAAUAUGGUUAAGUAAUUAUAUUGCAACGUUACAUUCAGAUUUACCAAACGUUACAUGGAACAUGAACAGUUUGGGCCUUCUUAAAAGAUGAAGUGACUUUCUAGCUCGUACUUUACAAACACUGCAGGCCAUGUCCAAAUGACGAGUUUAUGUACAUUAUAGGAAGAUUAAGUUAUCAACUUUUAUUUGUAAUCUAUGCAACAUUCAACAAAAACAACAUGAAAUGUGGAAAUGCCAAGAUAUGCGACCUAAUCUCGACCUUUAUAUGUAAUAGGUUACAGCAAUUAUGAAAGGACUGCCCUCGUACUGAUGCGAUGUGAAGGAACAAUGUGAUAUUGGCUGAAACGAUGUGUCUGACACGUUUGUUUAUUCUUAAUGGUUUUAAGUUAUUGCACAUCUGACAUGAUUGUACAACUGUGAAAAAUCAAAUGCUCCAAGCCUGGUUAUUCUAAUGUUUAUAUAACUACAGCCUAUUCAUUGAAGAAGCGUUUUUGGUUGUGUUGCAACAUGGAUUUCAUAUAUUGUUUAUAUGUCUUUAUAAUUAAAACACAUAUCUAUGCUUUGACCGGGUUUGCUUCAUUUCAACAUCAAUUUCUCAGCUUCUUUUUACAUUACGAAUACAUUUAAUAACGUUUAAAGGCUACACUAAAAUGACCACUCAGCAUUAUAUUAUUUACAUUAGGCAAAUUAAAAUUGUUAUUUGAGAAAAGUGUUGCUUGUAAUUAUGGUGUGGAAAUAACGUGAUUAGAAUCAUUGAUACACUUUUAUCACAUACAACGUAAAAUGCCUGUUUAAAAAAACCCAAAAAGGUAAAUUAUGAAAAUGAACCCUAAAUUGAAGUCGAGGAUCGAUAAAAAAAAGGAUAAUUAAACAGUAACCUCUCAAACCGCUGAAUUGAUUCCCAGUUCUCACCCUCCCAAAAUGAGUUGGCAACUUUCCUUUCUUGCCUCUGACAUGAGGCGCUGGGUCUAACCGAGCUCAGACGGGCUGGUGGGGCCCGUUUGGCACGCAGUAGGGUCGGUGGCGCUGAGGGGAAGGGCGCAAAAGUCGCCCGGGGCACCCAGGACCUGUCUCUGGGUAUUUGGGUGAUUGCAGGCUUCCUUGGCGGGCUCUUAUAUCGUGGACAGCUAUUAACACGAUUUCAGCUCCUGUCUUCCUGCUCGAGUUAAUGCAGUGAACGUUACAGGGCCAGUUUUAUUUUGCUGGUUUUGACUUGUGAGUGGAUGUAUUUACAAAAG